GUGAACUUAUCACAAAAGAAUUGAUUAAUAUUAACCAGCAGCUAUCAACCUUCCAUGAGUCAUUCUCCUUUUUCAAUGAAUCCUUUGAAAAUCUUAAAAAGGAUUUGGAACAGAAAUCAACCAUAAUAAAAAAUCUACAAUCGGAAAAUGCGGCCUUGAUGUCUACUGUAAGUGACCUGUCCGAUAGGUUGUGUAGUAUGGAACAAAGCACACGUGAAAAUAACGUCGAAAUUAACGGGAUUCCGGAGCGAAAAUCUGAAAACCUCCUCAAGGUAUUUACACAGAUUACAAAAACAAUUAACCAUGACAUCCCUGAGGAUGACGUGUCAAAUAUUACUCGUGUCGCUAAGAUUAACCGCGACAACACACGCCCUCGCACAGUGAUAGUCAAACUCAGAACUACACGCCAUAGAGAUGCCCUUCUAGCUGCGGUCAUUACAUACAAUAAAAAAAAUGCCAAGAAUAAGUUAAGUACAUCUCACUUGGGGCUCGAUGGUGCCAGUACACCUAUAUUUGUUGCGGAACACUUGUCACCAUCCAACAAAUCACUCCACGCCGCAGCGCGCAAGAAGGCAAAAGAAGCUGGCUACAAGUUCGUUUGGGUGCGGGGUGGCCGCAUCUAUGCACGCAGGGAUGAACAAAGUCAAGCCAUUCUAAUACGUAACGUUGAGAGUUUAAAAAAAAUGUCGUGA